AUGAAGCGUAUUAUAUAUAUUUAUUUAAGUAUAAUAUAUAUUCUUUCAUUUGUAAAUUCUUAUUUAAUUGAUGAGAGUAUCAAUUUAUUACCAUUAGAAAAUGAUCUAGUACACGUAAAACUGAAGCUAACUGUAAACGGAAAAGAUUAUAAAGAAUUUCUACCUAUAAAUAUCUUGAAAAUAUUAAAUAAUGUGAAUUCACUUAAAAUUAAUAUUAAAAGAGGUGUUUACCGAGAAUAUUAUAAUAAUAAAUAUUUGGACUCAUAUCCUUAUGGUUUUACUUUUGUAGUGGAUUUAAAAAAGGAAGAAAGAGAUAAAAAUGAUUUUUCGAAAGAAAAAGAAUAUAAUGAAUUUUCAAAGAAUGAAAUGUUUCUUUUAAAAAGUUUAUUGAAUGACAUUUGGGGUAUUACAGGUGUAUCAACUAACCUUUUAAAAACAAAAGAUUUAAUUAAAGUAGAUAAUAAAAUUUUUGCUUUUUUACCAGAUGAAAGUAUUUGUAUGGAAAGUUUUUCUUUAAUUAAAAAAAUGUAUCCAUGUAAAAAUUUUGGAGGUUUAUUUAAUUUAAUUAAUCCUUCAUAUUUAAUAACAACAUUAUCAACUAAUAUUGGAUUUGAACUAAAUGACAAUGAUGAAAAUUUUUUUGUUCUUUAUAUUGAAUAUAUUACAGAGCAUAAUCAUAAAGAAAAUAUAACCAUUAAUGAUUUAAUAAAUACUAAAUAUAAUAUAAAUGAAUGCCCUUUGAUUAAUAGAACUGCUCUUAUUGUUAAAAAAAAAGAAGAAGAUUAUGUUUCCACAAUCUUUGAAAAAUAUGAUAAUAUAGCAAUGGUAUAUGAAAACAUAAAUAUAUAUGAUAUUUUACAAAGAGGGAAACCAAAUAUAAUAGAGGAAUAUAUAAAUGUUAAUGUCUAUAAAGAAGAAUCUAAUAGCAUGAUAACAACAGAUAUAAGGAAAAAACAAAGUUCUUUAGUUUAUGUAUUUGAAAAUUUAAAUGACAAGAAUAGUAGUAAUUUUUUAUUUGUUGAUAAAUUGCCAUAUUAUUUAUCUCCAUUGUUACACACUUUAGUUAUACAAGGAAAGAAUUCUAAUAAAAAUGAUAAUUCCAAAAAAUAUUGUGAUUUCAUAUAUUUUGGUUUUAAUGCAAUUAACAAUUUUGAUAUUAAAUUUAGUAAUAUCGACAUGAUGCACUCUUUACCAAAAAAUGGAAACUAUUACUAUAUUAAUUUUAAGUACAUUUUGCCCCCUAAAUGUGAUAUAAUAAUUAGAUUUGAAAUAAUCAAAAUACAAAUCAGAUCCUUCGAAUUUGACUUUGAUAUAGAUAGAGGCAUAUUAUUGGAAAGUGGCAUAUUUAAACAAAAGAAAAAUUAUAUUUCAAAUGAAAAAAAUGACGAUUAUAUUUAUAAAUAUACUUCCUCAUUACUCAUUGAUAUUGUUUUACCAGACACAAGUAUGCCUUUUAAUGUUAUAGCAAUUUCAACAUGUGUUAUCAUGUUAUUUUUUGGGUUCAUCUUUAAACUUACUGCAAAAGAACAAACAAGAUAUGUAUAA